UUUACUCUUUUCCAAGUCCAACAACACUCGGCCUACUUUGGCCGCUUCAACAUUAUCUUCCUCCUUCCCGGAAGAAUCAUGAGGCCCGCCCUUCAAUCAACCUACUCCCUUCUUCACCCGCUAUAAAACCUCCCCUCUCCCUCUCACUUAGCAUCACCACUCCUCUUCUCUCUCUCUCUUCUACUUUCUUUCUCUCUCUACCUACUCCCUUCUUCACCCACUAUAAAACCUCCCCUCUCCCUCUCACUUAGCAUCACCACUCCUCUUCUCUCUCUCUCUUCUACUUUCUUUCUCUCUCUAACUGUGUAUCCCCACACUACUUCACCACUCUUCUCUCUCCCAUCUCCCUAUACUCCUCUCUCUCUCUCUCUCUACCACCCAUUUUACACUCUUUCAUUCACUGCAUAACCACGCUCUCUCUGGUUAUCUGCAUAACCAUCCUCUCCCAUUAUAUGUAAACCCUCCCCUCUCUCUCUCUCUCUCCUGUUUUCUCAUCCCUCAAGAACUGCAUAGCCUUUCUCUCUCUAUAACUUAAAAGAGUUUCUCUCACUAAAACACCAAACAAGAGAAAGAUGGGCAGCCUCCCUGAGAUCUUCGACUCCUCUGCCAUGGCUGCAUCCCACCCUCUAGACCCCGAGGACUUCCGAAAGCAAGCCCACAUUAUGGUCGACUUCAUCGCCGACUACUACCAAGAUGUCGAGAAGCUCCCAGUGCGUAGCGAGGUCAAGCCCGGAUACCUCCGGCACUGCCUCCCGGACUCCGCCCCUUACAACCCCGAGCCCCUCGAGAACAUCCUUGAAGAUGUCAAGAGCCACAUCGUCCCCGGCAUCACCCACUGGAUGAGCCCUAACUAUUUCGCUUACUUCCCUUCAAGUGGUAGCACUGCCGGGUUCCUCGGAGAGAUGCUGAGCACCGGCUUCAAUGUCGUGGGCUUCAACUGGCUCUCGUCGCCUGCCGCCACCGAGCUCGAGAGCAUCGUGAUUGACUGGAUCGGUAAAAUGUUGUGCCUUCCCAAGUCUUUCUUGUUCUCUGGAGGUGGUGGGGGUGUCCUCCAGGGGACCACCUGCGAGGCCAUCCUCUGCACCCUGGCAGCGGCCAGAGACCGAAAGCUGAAGAAGAUUGGGGGUGACAAGAUUGGCCAACUUGUCGUCUAUGCCUCAGACCAGACGCAUUGCGCCCUCCAGAAGGCAGCGCAGAUUGCCGGUAUCCGCCCCGAGAACUUCCGUGCCGUCCCAACAACAAAAGCCUGCAACUUUGGGCUCUCGCCCGCUGCCCUCCGCAGGGCCAUGGAAGAAGAUGUGGCAGCGGGGCUCGUCCCCCUCUAUGCCUGUGCAACAAUAGGAACCACCUCCUCCACUGCCGUUGACCCCCUGGAAGGCCUCGGCAGGGUUACCAGGGACUUCGGUGUCUGGCUCCAUGUAGAUGCCGCUUACGCCGGCAGUGCAUGCAUAUGCCCGGAGUUCCGUCACUUCCUUGACGGGGUCGAGCUUGCUGACUCGUACAGCAUGAACGCGCACAAAUGGUUCUUUACGAACCUCGACUGCUGUUGCCUUUGGGUGAAGAACCCCGACGCCCUGGUGCAAUCGCUGUCGACGAACCCCGAGUACCUGCGGAACAAGGCGACAGAGUCGAAGAUGGUGGUGGACUACAAGGACUGGCAGAUCGCACUAUCGAGGCGGUUCCGGGCCCUGAAGCUCUGGAUGGUGCUCCGGAGCUACGGGGUGAGCAACCUCCGGAACUUCCUCCGAAGCCACGUCCGCAUGGCCAAGCAGUUCGAGGGACUUGUGAACGCCGACCCCCGGUUCGAGAUCGUCGUGCCGAGGACGUUCGCCAUGGUGUGCUUCCGGCUCACGCCACCGACUGGGUCCAGGUGGGAGACCGACAACGGCGAGGAGCUCAACAAGGAGCUGCUCGAGGCCGUGAACUCGACUGGGCUCGCCUACAUGACGCAUGCCGUGGUCGGCGGCGUCUACAUGAUCCGGUUCGCCACCGGUGGGACGCUCACGGAGGAGCGGCACAUUUCGGCCGCAUGGCGCCUGGUGCAGGAGCAGGCUGAGGCCUUGGUAGGGACGUACAAGGCCAAAGAGGUCUAAAUAUUGUGUGGAGGGUGGGAAUACUAAAACCCCACUUGCACAUUCGUACACGUGAUUUUUUAUCUUGUACCUUGGAGCAGGCGUGUUGGUCCACAGGAGGAGUAGGCGUCUCGGUCCACAGGAUGAGCAGGAUUGUCUAUUGCAUAUUGUGUCAAUCUUUUAUUCUUUACUAAUUUUUGUACACACGAUCAUUCUUCUACAUAAAGACAGAGGAGGUCCUCGAUUAUUUUA